UCGUCGAUUUAUCAAUUAAAACUACUCACUAUCGAUCUUUUUCUGUUUAUCGAUUUUAACUGGAACCCCACGAAACAUUGAUAAAAAAAAUUCACAAUAUCCGGGCUAGGAUAUAAUAUCAAUGAUACUAUCCAUAACCCAGACUGCUGAAUUCUGAUUUCUGAUUCUAUAGGUAUUAUAUUAUAACAAUGUUUGUAAUAAUUGCCGGAUCCAUGAUUUUUUUUUAGUUUAUACGCGUCUUAACGAUCCCGCACACUCCGUUGUUGUUAUACAAUGGUUGUCCAUAAACUCCCCAUAAAACACUUAAACGAUGACCAGCAAUUACAACAAAUGGUGACCCAACAGCCAACCAAUUUUCACAGGUCGUCUAAGCCUGUACCCCUUGUUCGGCAAGCUCCAGUAUUUGAUUUGGAAGUGAUUACCAGUGAAAAUUUUGUUCCAUGGAAAAGUACGUUCAAUAUGCGCCAAGUGACACUUGCCAAUAUUAUUGAUGUAGCUAACGGUAAUGAUAAAGCUACUACAAAAGCGGCCAAGAUGCGUGCAAAGAAUUUGGUAAACGCCGCAAAAUCUUUAGAUUUGUUGCGACAAAAUUUACAGAAUUCAAUCAAUAAAGAUAUUGAUAAUGUUAUUAAAAAAUAUUUGACUUCAUAUUUUGGCUUGGCUAUUGACAAUGUUAAAAAUAAUUUGGGUUCAAAUUGUGUAACUGAAGAUCAUGUGAGAGAAGUAUGUCGAACAAUGUUAGACGAGGCAAAGUUAAUGUAUUCAAAUCCACCGUUGUCUGGCAGUAAUUCACCAUUUAAUACAGCACAAACUACAGACAUGUUGAUUGAAUCGCGGUUUGCAAAACAACAUUCCAAAAAUAGAUCUCUACUGAAACGCAAAGAGCCACCUGUUCAAGAGGCUGAGAAUAAUCUUUCUCCUACAGUUGAACAAACAUCAUCUCAGACACCGUUGGUAAAAUUUCAUAGAUUUCAAUCCACUUGGGACCCAGUGAAAAUUCAUUCUCAAACAUUAUUUGUGUUGGCUACAAGAGCUGCUAACAAGAGGGGAGGUCGUAUGGGCAAUAAACAUCCAGAACUAUUUCAAUAUACCAUUGAUAUGGAAGAUCGAGAUUGGCUGAUGAAGCAAAAAAUGUUUGUUUUACCACCACCUACAUCUGUAAAUGCAACUUCAAUACUGUUAUUGGACGAUGUGCAAUCAAUAUUGAGCACUGUGAAUCAGAAAAAUAAUCCUCAUGAACUCAAAGGUUUUGAAUUACCAGAGUUUAUAUUGAACAAAGUAAGAUCCACAAUGAUUCUCAAUAAACCUCCUGAAUUACAAUCUCCUCAACAAAUUAUUAUUACUGAAAAUGGCGAAAUUGAAGAGCAACCUGUGUGCAGUAUAACUUUGAACGAAAAUACAAAUUCUUCAAUCACUCAAUCCCAUGCAGAAUCAAGUAGUAUCAUCAUCUCAGGGACAUCAACAACACUUGCUGAAGCAUUAAAUAUGCUCGAAUAUGGUGAAAGAUUACCACAACACAAUGAAAUUCCACAUUCAUCGCCAAACAACAACACAGGAUUGGCAACCACACAUUCCACCCUUACCGCGCUUUUAGCUGCUGAAAAUAAUUUCAUGCCCAAUAACAGUCAAGCUAAUAAUACACAGUUUGGAAUGUAAUAUUCGUUUUGUUCAAAUAAAAACGACAUUUUUAGACUUUUAAUGUUGAUUCUAGUCAUGUCUAGUCUAGUUAUGUGAUUUUAACUAUUAAAUAUUUUCCCUAAAUUUUCCCUUA